AUCGGAGUUUUAGUAGAAAUUACCUUAUUUUUUAAAACGAUCGAGUUUUUGAACCAACAAUCAUGGUUCAGGAACAUAUAUCUAGAGGCGAUUCAUUCGCAAGCUGGAGCACACUGGAGUCUGGAGUAGCUUCAAGCACGAUGGCACUCUCAACGCUGUAUGUACAACAUACAUCAGCUGACUCUCUUUAGUUUAUUUCCUCACAUGUAGUAACAUGUGUUACACUUGUCAAUAGAAAUACAACUUUGCAAGUGUCAAGAAAUUCAUUGCGAGUGAUACCGAGUGGAAAGUGGAUACGGGUGCACAUUCGACUGUAUGUACACAAUGACACGAAAUGAUACCAUCAUUACGAAGAUGGAACAUGUGGAAGAGAGUUUAAAAGAUACCUUAUACAGAGUCGAAAUAAUCGAGAGAAAGCUUAAGACGAAAUUACUUACCACAGUAAAUCGAGAGAAAUUGGAGAACGAGCUGGAGGAAGUUAAGGAAGUUCUCAGACGAAAUGAAAAGGAGUUGCAAAAUUUAAGAAACGAAAACUCAAAGUCCUUUAUGAUAGCAGCAUGCUUGAUCUUUGUAUGUUUCCUUAUUUAUGGAACAUAUUUGUUGAUUUUUGGAAAUGUUUAACAUCUGUAAGAGAAAUUUAUAUU